AAUCUAACAAGAUCGAUUUUGACUAUUUUUUAUUGUUCAGAAUUUUUAUUCAUAUUUUAUAUUAUAAGUCCUUUAUAGUCAUUUUACAUAACCUCUCAUAUUAAAAAGCACUUGUAAUAGUUUUACAACCAAACACUCAAGUGAUUUUUUUUAAAGUAUUUAUCUCAAAAUUUCAGCCCGAAGUUGCUUUUCAAAAGCGGGCCAAACUUAAAUUAAAAAAGCGGAACGACGGCACGCUCACCACCAAAUAUUACCCCCCCUCCCACCCCGCGAUUCUCUUCUCCUUGCCUCCUCCUCCCGGCCGCCUUCCGAGGGCUGUGCCGGUGUGAUUCUCCAGCCGCCAGCCGACCCUUGCUUCCCGUCUCGCAAUUUGUGAAUUUCAGGUGAUUGUUUGUUCCGAUUUGAUUGCGUUUCCUUUUUUUCGAUUUCCGACGCCGCGUUUUCCCUCCAGUGCCAGGAUCCCGAGGUUUCGAUCGGCGGAAGCUCAUUCCGUCGUCGGAGUUCCGGGUUUCCUUGUUCGAUCUGCAUCAAUCUUUUGCGGAAUUUUUUCACUUAGAAUAUCCAUCGGAUUUCGGUGGACCUUUUUCUUUUUCUAGUUUUUUGCUUUCUUCCGUUACCGUGUGAUUGAAGUGUACGUACGUGGGUUUUUAACAUGAAUGCUAUGGUCAUUCUUCUUCUUCUUCUUCUUCUUCUUCUUCUUCUUCUUCUUGCCGUUUGCUUUGGGUUUGCCGUUUCUACGAAGUUAUUGCCAGAGUAUUUGAGCUGGAACGGGGUCAUGGGCGGCAGCUCAAGUGCCAGUCUAACUCCUGCUGUUUACUUUGUCUUUCUCGUUCAAUUGGCAUCGCUUUGAUCAACGCUCGAGUAAUCACCGAUUGACUGCGUCCCGUUUCAAUCACAUUUCAUACUUAACUUCUUUCUACUUCGUUUCAAUUUCAAAGCUUUAAGAUCUCCGAAAGCCAUUAGGACUCGGCAUUUAUGAUAGGGUCUGCUCAUUCCAUUGCAGUAAAGGGCCUUGAUAUUCAAUAUUUCGAUUUGGUGCAGAUUUUGACCAUUUUGUUCAUUGGUUGACUGAAUGAAUUGAGGGGCAGGAUUCCCUUGGAUUGAUGUAGGGAUGCAGAGAUCACGGAGGGAUUUUCUGCAAAGAAGAGCUUCUUUAGAGAAGGAUACUGGUGGGAAGAAUCGGUUGUACAAGCUUUCUUUGUCUUUGGUUCUUCUUUUGUGGGGGCUUGUUUUCCUAUCAAGUCUGUGGAUCAGCCAAAGUGAUGGAUAUAGAGAUGGAUCUACAGAAACUUCACAGGAUGUGGGAGUAUCGACUUGGACAGAAGAGAAACUUCAAAAUGGAAAGAAUUAUGAUUCAGUACAUAAAGAAGUCAGUGAGCAUUCUGACGAGACUUCAUGUACAUAUCCUGCUGCAACGAAAGAUCCGAAUGAGGUUAUUGCUGAAGGUAACAGCAAUUAUGGACUCGAUCUUCGCCAUCAGGGGGAAACCCGCGGUGGGAGACCAGGAGAUAUAGGUCCAAAGAACGAUCGCCUCUCGCGAGUUGUCACUCUUGGGCUUGAUGAAUUCAAAAGCCGUGCUUUCAGCUCCAAAACCAAAACAGGAACUGGUAAAGUUGUACACAGAAUGGAGCCGGGAGGGAAGGAGUACAACUAUGCUUCAGCUUCAAAAGGAGCAAAAGUCUUGGCCUUUAACAAGGAAGCAAAAGGGGCCUCAAACAUCCUAAUGAGAGAUAAGGAUAAGUACCUCCGCAAUCCGUGUUCUGCAGAAGAGAAGUAUGUCAUAAUCGAGCUCUCAGAAGAAACUUUAGUAGAUACUAUAGAGAUUGCGAAUUUCGAGCAUUACUCAUCGAAUCUGAAGGAUUUCGAGGUGCUUGGUAGCUUGGUUUAUCCAACUUCAGAAUGGGUGAAGCUGGGGAACUUUACAACUGCCAAUGUGAAGCAGGCGAGAAGGUUUGUGCUUCCAGAGCACAAAUGGGUGAGAUAUCUGAAAUUGAAUCUUCUGAGCCAUUAUGGAUCUGAGUUCUAUUGUACGCUUAGCCUUUUCGAGGUUUAUGGGGUUGAUGCUGUUGAGAAAAUGCUGGAGGAUUUGGUAUCAGUGCAUCAGAAGGUUUUUGUGCACGGUGAGGAGGGUACUGCUGAGCAAAAAUCAUCGGUACACUCGCAGGGGGUUGAUUAUCAUCGUCAUCAGGACACUUUUAAAGAAGAUGAGCCUGAGUUUUUGUCAGUCGAAACUCCUGAUUCGAAAACCAAAGUGGCUACUGAUACGGUCGAAGGAAUUCCUUAUCAUCAAGCUGGGAGGAGUAAUGGUGACAGCGCACUAAAAAUACUGAUGCAGAAAGCCCGUUCGCUCGACCUCAGCCUCUCCAUCUUGGAACGGUAUGUUGAGGAAGUUAACUCCAGGUAUGGCAACAUUUUCCAAGAGUUCGACAAAGAUAUAGCACAGAAAACUUUGCUUCUGGAGAAGAUCAAACACGACGUAAAGAGUCUCCAUGACAGCCAGCAACUUAUGGCUGGAGAGGUUAACGAUCUUGUUUCUUGGAAGUCUCUUCUUACAACGAAAAUGGAUCAUAUCCUGAAGGACAACCUUGAUCUCAGAACGAGGAUUGAGAAGGUUGAGGAGAAUCAAGUGUGGCUCGAGAACAAGGGUAUAGUCGUGUUCUCGGUGUGCUUGGUUUUCGGGUUGGUAGCAAUUUUGAGGGUGUUAGUAGAGAUGUUACAGAUGACGGUAUUUAGCGACAGUUUGUACUGGAAAUUUUCCAGUUUGAGCUGCUCUUCCUGGAUGGUAUUGCUCCUGAGCUGUAGCAUUAUAAUUUUGAUACUCUCGCUAUAGUUAUUUCGCACAGCAUCGGUUACAGUUUUUCUUCUGAUAUAGAGGGGUAAUAUAGAGGAGAUAGACCACACGGAAAAAGGGGCUACAGAGUAACUUCUUCAUAUUUAUCUUACAGUUAUUAUAGUGGACGCAGUUUACUUUAUCUAUGGUGAAAGUGUCAGUAUUACUGCUAGCUAGUUAAGGGCAUAGCACUAAUGAAAAAGAACUUCAGGCCAAAACACCACAGAACUAACACAAUUCCAUCAAACACAUCAAAGGGUCACAAAUGGCACACACAGUUCAUGCCAUUUCGUCUGUCUGAGUGACUUUU